AUGGAUACGAAAGAGACGUGGCGUGGACGCACGGACUCAGAGAGUGAAUGUGACAUAAAGAACCCUCUCCAGAAUUUUAAUCUCAGGAAUUACCUAAGAGAGGAAAUCUGGCAGUCCUCCCGACGUUUCAACGAGGUGAAUAACUUUCAAGAACAGAUUUGUGGACCUUUCCGCAAUCGUGUGUGGAAAUUCCUCUCUAUCCCACAGUAUUUUGAGUCGUUCAUGUUCUACGGCCUUCUGCAGUGCCUGGAUCAUAUUCUAAUGGUCUACACUUUCCUUCCUUUACGCUGUAUGAUCAACUUCAUUUCCUUUCUUUCCUUUAUAACCUUCAGUCUUGUUGGUAUCUGUGUGCCGUCGCUCAAACCCCAAAAAUUCAUUUUAUAUGCAACAGAUGCACGGGAGUUGGUGAAAUUCUCCUUCGUCUGCAUCUGCACCAUCUUCCUCUACACCUUCGACAGUUCCAUCGCCUAUCAUGAAAUUCGAACUCAGUCAAUAAUCAAGAUUUACAUAUUCUUCAACCUCCUGGAGGUAGCCGAUCGUCUCCUUUCCGCUGUCUACCUGGAUGCUGUAGACGACGUCCUUUUCACCGUCUCGGCAGGUCUCUCAGGUCUCCGACGGCAGCGCUCGUCCUCGGGUGAUCACGUGGUAACCACCAGCAGUGGUGCCUCUUCUACUGACCCUUCCUCUUGCCCUUCCACAGAGGUUGUGGGUCUUGGAGCUCUCUUCGUCCAAUACCUUUUCGCCCUCGCCUGCCUCUCUGCACAUUGCCUUCUGCUGUUGGCACAGGUGACAACCCUGAAUGUGGCCUUCAAUUCACAAAACCGCUCCCUCCUUACUGUGAUUAUCUCUAACAACUUUGUUGAGUUGAAGGGUAAUGUCUUUCGCAAGAUGGGGAAGUCGAAUUUGUUCCAGAUCGCCUGCGCCGACGUGCGCGAACGUUUCCACUACGCCGUUUGGCUUUUCAUCAUCGUCUGUCGCAACAUGUCUGCCAGCGGCUGGCAGUACGAGGACUUCCUGGCUCUUCUGCCCGAUAUCCUGCUAAUUCUUCUGGCCGAGAUCGCUGUUGAUUGGAUCAAACACGCUUUUAUCUCUAAAUUCAAUGUUAUUGCUUCUGAUGUGUAUGAGGAGUACACGGUGAGCAUCGCGUAUGACCUUCUGCUAUGUCGACAAGGCAAGAACACCUCCGACUAUUUUGAACUCCUUGCCCGACGCAUGGGUCUAACGCCGAUAUCGCUGAGCUGCCUCAUCAACGUGAUGAUCAUUCAGACUGUCAAAUCCUCAUUGAUCUACAUAUUUCUUCUCCUCGCUCUGCCUCUAUUAUUCGCGUUAAAAGUGUUAGUCCACAUCAUUUUGCUGAACCGUGCCUACGCCCACGUGCAAGCCUACACUCAAAUGAUGACUGCUAAACUGGCCAAGGAGGCCUCGAUGACAGCAACCACAACCACUGUUUCAGCCGUUUCGACCAAGACCUCUGUCGCCACCGCUGCAUCCAGUGGCAGGAGUGCAGUCAUUGAAGCCACCGACGAGGUGGAGGUCAAGCGCAAGACGAGCAUUUUUUACCCUCCCUAUACCGGCUACGAUCAACCAACGCGAGAUGAGGGUCAGUUAGCGAUGCCACGGCUGCCGCCGCGUCGGUCCCAUAGCGACACCAAUUGCGUCUCCUCUGUCGUUGUGACUGAAUGCCCAUCUGCAGCCACCGUCGCCACCAACCCUACUGCCGGUGAUGAUGAAGAAACCAACAUUGCGGACGAGGUGGAGGAGGACUUUUGCUCGCUGCAGAGCCUCUCCACCGACACAUCUGCGGGGUGGUUACGGCAGAGGAGCUUUUUGAAGACGCCACCGUCGGAUAAAGAGGCCCGUUUUCGACACAUUCUCAUGGAUGCCGAUGAUAUGCAGGUCUGCCAUAGGAGGAUUGUCCAAUUGCCCUCGCCCUCCACCUCCCCAAAACGAGCAGGCACGCUGGAUUCGCCCAAUCAACUGGGCCUAUCGCCCUGCAGUACCACCUCCUACUCCUUCACCUCGUCACUUUAUGAGCCAAUCCCCAGCCACCAGCAACGCCAAGAGCCACACCAUCCCACCUCAGAUUCCCCUCUUGUUCCGUUAUCUACUUCAUCUUGGAAGACCAUACCCUAUCGCAUGCGGCUUCCUUCCCAUAUCCACCGCAGUCACCGCCGACGACGGUGCUUCAGUCUGGACGAUGUCGCCUCGAUAUCUGCGCAACCGCAAGAGCAAUCGCUGCAAUCACCAACCUCUCCAAGUAGUCGUAAAGAAGCAUCGACUAUGGCUGGUGAAGUUGCGGAAAAGCACGUACACUUCACUUCGCGCCGUCGAUUGCACACGGAGAACGAAACAUCGAGUUUGUUGAUCCUGGAGCAGCUGAGCUCUACCCUCAACGACGAGACGGCACAUCUGGAAGAUGCAGUAGAUGUGGAUCUUCUUUGCGACGAGGAGGUGGCUGCGACGGAUGCGAAAGGGGGGAAGGCAGCGGCGACAGUGGUGAAUUCCCCGGCUUCUAAGGUAGAGGAGGGGAUGAAGAAUGCCUCGCGGCCGUCGCCUCCCUCUCCCUUAACCGAGGAUGAAAAGACGACAGCGGUAGCUGCCGAGGCGUCUGUCAAACAGCCUCUCUCCAAUAUUAAGCUGCUCCUAAUGGCCUCAUUGAUCCUUACGGAUUAUGGGGACAAGCCUAUGAGUGGGUCAUGGGCGAAUUACGCAACCCAGGGUCAUCCUCGCGCUUAUCGUCCUAGCCUUUCCAGUCGAAUACGUGAUAUAAGCUUCAAGUCAUUUGUUCUUUUAUCGUUUUUCGGUGGGGUUGGAUUAACUGGUUACAUACUUUGCAAACUUGGCAAGCACUACCUCUUUGGUAACAGGAUUUACAAACUUCAACGAAAAGAGUACGCUGAAGCACUUUUAGAAAAAGAAAAGCGUGAAAAGGAGCUAGGUCUCCGGAUCCGGUAUAUUUUAAGCAUUCUGUCGCAGUCAUUCAAGAGAGCUAGACACGUCAUAUCUGCGAUGAAACGUCACGAGCAACCUGAUGGUGAAAUCUCUCAUAGUGCAAAGGUCGCAAAAUUCGACCAAGUUGUAAAUAGUAGUGCACGUGGGUUUCGUAACUGUGCAAUGCUCAUGAUGUACUCGGGUACAGGUUAUUUUGGAAUGCAAAGAAAUGAAGGAUUUCGGACGAUAGAAGGCGAGUUAAUGUCUGCACUCUAUAACUCUGGGUAUAUUUUGGAAGAACACAUGAAGACCCCGUCGAUGAUUCAUUUUCAACGCGCUUCAAAGACCGAUAAAAAUGUGUCAGCCGCUGGUCAAGUGUGUGCUGCGAAGUUGCCAAUAGACACCUUGUCCAUCGACAAAAUAAAUUCCCAUCUACCAGAUCAAAUUAGAAUACUGGAUAUCUUCCGUGUAACAAAGAAGUUCAAUCCCAAAACUGUCUGCAACUAUCGUGUCUACCAGUACCUCUUGCCAACUUUCGCUUUCUCCUCUGGAGGUGGUAUAACUUUGGAGAAUUGCUGGAGGUAUCGUCUCUCGGCGGAGACCUUGACUCGCAUAAACGAGCUGUUUCGACACUACAAAGGCACCCAUAAUUUUUUCAAUUUUACUUCCAGAAGGCAAGUAUCCCCUGUGGCCUUAACACCCGACGAUAAAAGCUGUUUGCGUUAUAUUAUGUCGAUCGAAUGUGGUCCACCCUUCCUGCUUGAUGGAGACCGAGAAUUCGCAGUUAUAACCGUCCAGGGACAGUCGUUUAUGCUUCACCAGAUACGAAAAAUGAUAGGUUUAGUCGUCGCUAUCGUAAAGGGCUGCGCAACCGAGGCUGUAUUUGAGAAUGUAUUCAAGGCUGAAAAGAUGGAUAUCCCAAAGGCACCGGGAUUGGGACUGCUGCUUGACCAGGUUAACUAUACCCACUACAAUAAGCGGUUUUGCUCUGAUGGAAGCCAUCAAUCCAUUGACUGGGAGAGGUAUAAGCGGCAAAUUGAUGAAUUCAAGGAGGCAUACAUAUUUCGACAUAUGGUGGAGCGCGAAGUCGAGGACAACUCCAUGUUUGAGUGGAUGGAAAAUCUCAACAAACACUCUUACGGCAAACGGGAGGGCGAAUCCCCGCCUAGCAGUGCUGCCGCUUCUCCAGCUACCACUCUGCAACCGAUGACUCUGGAAGCUGUCCCAGGUGCUAACUCAUCUUUCAGCACUGCUGAAAUGUAG